GUGACGCAGAUUUCUAUUUUCACCCAACACUGUGUCUUUACAGCAUGAAAAUAGCAGGGAGAAUCUUUCACAAUGACAGCCUGGGACUCUCGCUGACCGUUACGCUGUGAUGCUACUUCCAUUAGCGGCAUUAUAGCAAGGAAGCAGGCAGCGUAUACUCAGCCAGUCGUACGCAGCUUUCACCUUCAGUCUGUCAGUAACGGAUCCACCAGGAAUGUUCAAGGGACACGCCUUCCGUAAUUUGUAUGUUUUCUGUUACUUGUUUUCGUCUUUUUCAUCUUUUUUUAAACUUUUCUCUUUCUCAGGAGCAUCUUUACUUGUUUUUUUUUCUUCUCAUUUACACUGAGGUUUUACUUGAAGUUUGUUAAUUUUCACGUAUAAAUUUUCAUAGCUUUACAGUUUUCUUAAUUUUCAAGAGAGUUUUGGCGCCUAAGAACGUUAUAAAUCCAUGAUCAUUCAAAAUGUAUUCCCUUAUCAUUACCAUCAUCAUAUCAUUAAGGUGACAUCUUUAUACAGGGAGACAACUCCAUUGUUCCCUACCUGGCCGGCCUCCGUGGCUCUCCUAGCUCUCAGGGGAUACUGCCAGGAAAACACCGCCACUGACUCAUCCACAUUAUACAUUCAAAUGAAGAUCCGUCUGCAUUACAACUCGCGUAACCCCAAAACGCGGGGCAGAAGACAAAAACAAAGUCAUGCGGCUCCCCACGUGGCGCAAGGAACGCAACACUGCACAAGAACUGUUGCAGAAUUCUUACCUGGCGGCGAGAACAGGCCCAGGAGUCUAUGGCACCAACACGUACGCAAUCACCACGGCUAGGGAAGGCAGAGAACAGCUGACGGCCGGGUGGAGAGUGGUGGUGUUGGUGG